CAAAUAAGUUAGUAAUGCAUCUUUCACGAUACCCAUUGUUUAAAAAUAAUAUUCCGUAUUAUUCAAUUAUAUAUUAAACAAUCAUCGUUCUCAUACCAAUUGUGUGAUAACAAUUAUUAAACUCAAAAUUUUGUUUAACAUAAUUGACGGAGGUUUUUUUUAAUUUUUAGGUUACAGCGAAAUGUCAAUACCUUCUAGAUUAGCUUUUGCUCGUAAAGUAUUGCAAAAUUUUAUGGCAACUGAUGGAUUUGAUAAAUUACUUAUGGGAAAGAUGACGAUUACGGAUGUAGCUGAUGGAAAAAUUACUUGUGAAUUACCCGUGGAAAAAAUACAUUUGAACCGAUUAGGUAUCGUACACGGUGGUUUUCUUUCAACAUUAGUUGAUAUAGGGGGUUCAAUGGCAUUAUCUACAAAAGGGAUGUACACUACAGGUGUUAGCACAGAUUUAAAUAUUACUUUUUUAAAUUCUGCCAAAGAAGGAGAUAUAAUAAUCAUGGACUCCGAAUGUGUUAAACUUGGUAAAACACUUGCUUAUACUACAGUAGAUUUAAAGAAUAAAAUUGACGGUAAAAUAAUUGCUAUGGGACGUCAUACGAAAUUUAUUGCUGCUUCUCUUAAUCAUCCUAAUAAUGUUAAAUUAUAAUACUGGCCCGCAUUAUUGGGCCAUUAUUAGGCCCACGUUAUGGUUGUCUUUGGUAUCACAAAUUUAUUCUUCAUAUUGUUUUAAAUUUUAUGAAUCUCAAAUAAAAAGGAUUUAAUAAAAAGAUUUUAAUAACU